GUGGCAAUUCGCAUAAAACCCGUUUAACAUUCGGGUCAUUUUGGUCAAUUAAACAGACGCAUAUAUAUACACUGCAUUCUAAAACCCUAAUUCUCUCCCGUCCCAAUCUCAUCUCACUGUCGUCGCAGGAGCAGCAGCACCAACUGAACAACCAUGGGGGCUUACACUUAUGUGUCGGAGCUCUGGAGGAAGAAGCAAUCGGAUGUGAUGAGGUUUUUGCUGAGGGUGAGGUGCUGGGAAUAUCGCCAGCUUCCUUCCAUUGUGCGCGUCACACACCCUACUCGCCCUGAUAAAGCUCGCCGUUUGGGUUACAAGGCCAAGCAGGGUUAUGUCGUCUAUCGUGUCCGUGUAAGACGUGGUGGACGGAAGAGACCAGUUCCUAAGGGAAUUGUAUAUGGUAAACCCACAAAUCAAGGUGUUACUCAGCUGAAAUUCCAACGCAGCAAGCGCUCAGUUGCAGAGGAACGUGCUGGUCGGAAAUUAGGUGGUCUCAAGGUUCUUAACUCAUACUGGAUCAAUGAGGAUUCUACUUACAAAUACUUUGAGGUAAUCUUGGUUGAUCCUGCCCACAAUGCAAUCCGUAAUGACCCGAGGAUCAACUGGAUCUGCAACCCUGUUCACAAGCACAGAGAGCUUCGAGGACUCACCUCGGCUGGGAAGAAAUACAGGGGUCUUCGUGGAAAGGGACAUUUGCACCACAAGGCACGACCAUCGCGAAGGGCUACCUGGAAGAGGAACAACACACUCUCUCUCCGGCGCUACCGUUAAUUUUUGCGACGUUGGGGUUCUUGUUAUCAUUGUAGUUUUGGGCCUCUUUGUUGUAGGAUUUUUUAUUCUUGCUUUGAGACCAACAGUUUUGGGUUUAUUGGUUUGAGGUUUUGAGUUAUUUGAGAUGAUAUUUGAUCAUAUUUAACUUAUUAUUGGAAUUUUUUUUUUUUUGGUUGGGAGAUAGUCA